ACUUCCUUCCUCGCCUGACAGCAAAAAAACAAAACAGCAGUCUUUUAUAAAUGGGGACUAUGUGGAGCUGUCAGUCGCUGGUUCAGCUUCAGAACGUCCAACACGGUUUCCACCAUCGGCAGCUUCACUAACAUCGACAUCAUGGUCGCUACACGGCUCUUCUGUGCGCUUCUCCUCUGCGCGCUGCAGGAAACGGUGCUGUCGCAGCGCGGACAUUGCACCGGGAACCAGUGCUUUGCGUUCUUCCAAAGCCCCCUGGACUUUCCAGGCGCGGAGGAAAGCUGCAAAGACUUAGGCGGACAGUUAUUAAGUAACAACUCGAAGCACCUCUUGAAGAUCCUGAAGGCUGCGCCCACAGGUAGGUACUGGUUUGACCAAAAAAAAACCUUCAGCUCGGCGGGGGAAGCCCUCCAGAUGUGCCCCUCCAUCUCCGUGUCGAACUCCUCGGUGCUGUGGGAGCCGUGCGGAGGCAGCCUGAGAGGGUUCCUCUGCCAGUAUCCGAUCCAGGAGCCCUGCAGUGAAGUGCCAGCGGGCACAGACAUACAGGUGAAGUACACCAUCGAGGUGGACAAUUCGGAAACGUUCCCGAAGGGAACCAUCGCUGAAGCACGAAAGGUGAAGUACACCAUCGAGGUGGACAAUUCGGAAACGUUCCCGAUGGGAACCAUCGCUGAAGCACGAAAGGUUGGCGCCAAAUAUCUAGACUCUAAAUAUGUGUGUUUAAACAAUUGGACGCAAGCUCCCUGGUCCUGCGAGGUGUUGCAGGGCGGCUGUGAACACAACUGCAACCCUACAACACACAGAUGCACCUGUCCUGUGGGGAAAACACUCCACCACAACAACAUUUCCUGCGAGGAAGGCAUGUGCGAGAAAAACCCGUGCACGCGAGAAGGCGAGCAGUGCCAAAUCACCCCGGGAGGACCCAACUGCAUGUGCAAAGAGGGAUUCGAGAAAGAAGACGGAGUAUGUGUGAACGUGGAAAUCUGUGAACAUUGUGAGCACAUGAAUUGUAAGAAAUUCAACGGGGUUUAUGAGUGUGUGUGCAAGGAGGGGUUUUUGGUGUCACCCCUCGACCCCACCAGGUGUGAGGUGAUCUGCAUGGAGAGAGACUGCAAAGCCACGUGCAUUAGUAUAGACAAGGACAAGUCUCAAUGUUUCUGCCCCGACGGCUACAUUUCAGACAUGAAGGACAACAACCCCUUCUGCACGGACAUCAAUGAGUGUGACAGUGGGCAGUGCGAUCAAAAGUGUGAGAAUUUAUUUGGUGGUUUCAGGUGUUUUUGCUUUGAGGGGUACUACAUGGAUCAAGAGAAGAACAAGUGUGUUGCCAUUGAAGAAGAGGAUAAUGGAUCAGGCUCUCCUCUUCCGUACCCGACCCCCGCCGGCUCUCACCCGGCCUCAGUGCCCACUUACAUCAAGACGGGCAGCGUCCUGGGCAUCACUUUGUUCAUGGCGCUGUGUGCAGUGCUGCUGUUUUUCCUCAUCCGAAACGCAGUCAAACGGUGCGGCAAAUUUGAGCUUUCCACCUUCAAACACCCAGAUAUUGAUAUGUUCUACCUGCAGCAGGUGACCACAGAGACGUAUAAGAGGCUAUCCUUCGACAAACAGUUUAAAAAUGACUGCUAAAUACUUUAUUUAACGAGUUUAAAGAACUAUGCUGCUCUUACACUUUUUACAAUGUCACUUUCCACUGGUUCAUGUCCUCUGAGACGCAGAUAAUGGAGCUAUCCACAGGCAGUGUUAACGGCAAUCUGAUUAUUUAUCCAUAACGCUGCACCACACCACACACUGUAAAGUCAUAGAUAUUGGACUUGCUUUCUGAAUGUAUUAUAGAUUGCUUUAUGGAAUUGUUCCCACUGUAAUUUGCCCAAUUCUUAUGAGCCUUGUUGUUACAAAUGUAGAAAAAUGAAAACAUUUCUUUCUCAGUAAGGCCAGUUUACUAAAAAUGACAAAGUCUAAUAGCAUUUUUUGUAUGAUACCUUUUAUAAUAAUGGAGUGUUAAUAGAUUAUGUUGCUACAGAAGCAAUGAUUUGUUACUUUUUCGCUGUAAAACACACUGUGUCCUGAUACUCAUACACACGUUGCAAAUGUAAUGUAACAUUCCACAUAGUUGUAAUGAUUACACUGUUUGUAUACUACAUCAGAUAUUUAUGAUUUUUUUAGAUUUUGGUAGAAUAACAUUUGAAACUUUAAGUAUACAAAAAAGUGGUCUUUAGUGAAGUGCACAUUAUUUUAGUGCUUUCUUUUAACAGAGGGCUAAUGACUCACCAUGACGAAUGUUUGCUAAUGUCAUAUGUUAUGUGAUGCAUUUGGAUUUAUGACAUUUGAUACUAAUGCUCAGUAUGUGUAGGUUUUGUCCGGACCACUAUUUGUUUUGGGAUGUAUUGGUUGCUAUAGGAACUGUUUUUGAUGCAUAUAACUAAUGUCAGUGAGUAAUUCCUGACCAUUUCACAUUCAUAUACUUGACGUGAAUCAUUUAACAUUCUAAAAUCUACGAAGUUCAUUUUUUUUUUUUAACGUAAGGAAAUACACUAGAGGUAAAUACAUUUAAAUCCAUAGUUUUACUCAUACUCGAAGCAAGGAUUCUCCACUCCAGAUUUAUUGCUAUCUUUAUUCUAAAGGUUUUUACAGAGGGGACAAUUCUCAUUGUAUUCUAAGUAAUAUAACAUUGUAUUUAAAAAAAAUGGUUUAAUGGCUGUUGAAUAUUUACUGAUUUAGAGAUCAUACCUUCUGUAAAAACCCAACACUCGAAAAUGUCAACAAAAUGAAAUAUAAGUAUGCAAAUUCGAGACACAAGAUAAGGGAUUUGUUGUAUAUUUAUUUAAACAUUUUUGUAACACAAAAAGCAUUUUCAAGUGUAACGGUGUUUAUAUUUUGUAUCGCCCUUCUUACCUGGCCCAACUCCACUUAAAGGUAUCUCUGGGUACACAUUUUGGAGAACAGAUCCACAUUCUGAUCCACCCGAACAUGACAUUGUGACUUUACAGGUCCUCAUUUUUGCGAUUCAUUCUAAGACCUAAUACUAACAAUAACACAUGAAACAGUUACAGUUCUGUUGGGUCAUGUGCUUCACAGCGUAGGAAAUAUAACUCACUAACAAGUUGUUCACUGAUAUGCUGCACUGGAAGAACAGACCACUGACAUACAUGAGGCUGAGUGCUGUAGAUACAGAGGCUUGAGUGAUUAACUAAACAAUGCAUGUGAAACUGUGCUGCUAUUAUGUCAAUGUACAUUUAGAUAAGACUUGUGAACUGAAAAAAUAACUACCUUCUUUGCAUUGUCACUGUUCUCUUUUUCUCCUAAUUAUACAUAUACUGUACAUUUUAGUCAUAGAGUUGGCUGAAAUCAAUAAUACACAAUAAUAAAGGUUUGGAGUAAAUGUGAUAGAUUGACAGGAUUUUUCAUAAACAAAUCUGUGUUCAUGCAUUUUGUCCGAUAAUCAACAUAUUUUAAGUUUGUAUUGUCUUAUCCUCUACCAUAUUGUGACGUCUUUUGAAGAGUGUUGGGGAAAUAUAGAUUAGAUGCAAUGAUUAUGUAAUGAAAUUACAUAUUAAAUGUCAUUUCAAUCAGUUACUGAUUAACAAAAUGCAAUUAAAUGACAAUAACCAA